AUGUUAUUACAUUUACGUAUAUGUAUACAUACUCCUGUUUUGAAGUGCGCGGACACCCUGGUGUCGGACAAGCGCGUCUACUUCACGUUCGCCCGCACGCUGCCGCCCUCCAGCAAGAUCUCCAAGUCGGUGGUGGCGCUGCUGCGCGCCUUCUCCUGGGGGAAGUUCGUCGUCGUCGCCGGCCGCCGCGUCGCCUGGGCCGAGCAGGUGCGCGACGCCAUCAAGGAGCUGGCCGCAGUCCACGGGCUCCAGCUGACUGACACGUGUCUUUUCUCAGAGCGGGACUACGUCUCCAUGAAGCCUUCAAUACAGGAGAUGGACCGCAUCGUGGCUGACACCUUCCAGAGGACUAGAGUGUACGUCUUCGUUGGGAAGCACAUGGCGCUAAUGGACUUCGUCAAAUGCCUGCAGCGUCGUCAUCUGCUCGACUCUGGUGACUACAUCGUCAUCUCCGUGGACGAUGAGAUAUAUGACCCCAGCAAGAAGCUUAACGUGUUGCACAGAGUCUACUUAGACCCGUACCUGGAGGGCGACGCUGACAACGCUUUCGACGUGACGGACGUCCCCGCUCUACGCUCGGUGCUGAAGCUGUCUCCCUACUACCCCAAAAGCAGUCGCUACGAAGAGGUUUGUGAACAGAUCAGAAACUUCUCAACAAAGCCACCCUUCUGUGUACCAUACCAUCACUCGGUGUUCAGAAGUAUAUCGGUACCAAUCGAAGCAGCGCAUCUUUAUGAUGCUGUUAUGAUAUACGCAAGAGCACUGACGGAAGUUUUUGCUGACGGUGAAAACCCAACGAACGGGACAGCCGUAAUUGAAAGAAUAAGGGACAGAUCAUAUCACUCCGUCAAAGGACAUGAUGUAUACAUAGACGUAAAUGGAGACGCCGAGGGCAACUACACGGUGAUGGCUCUGAUGGAGGAUGAAUUGAUGAAUGGCACGUUAAGCGUCAGUAUGCAGCCAGUUGGGUUUUUCCAGUACGCUCAUGACAACGGUAACAGAAUUACCGACCUGCCGGAGUUCCGGUACUUGGACGAGAGCCGGCCCAUCAGGUGGGUGGGCGGGCGGCAGCCGCGCGCCGAGCCGGCCUGCGGCUUCCGCGGGGAGCGGUGCGCGCCGCGCGCCCACUGGCGGCUGCUGCUGGCCCUGGCCGCACUCGCCGCGCUCGUCGCCAUCGCCGGCGUCUUCGCCUUCAGGCACUACAGAUAUGAACACAAGCUUGCAUGCUUGCUGUGGAAGAUAGACAUGAAAGAUGUCACUAUAAUACCCACAGAGUCUGCAGAAUCAUCAGGUGGAAACAGAAGUAUGAUACGAGUUUGCCACAAUAGUGUCUUCCAUGAUCCAGAAUCAUUAAUGGGAGAGCAAACAGAAGCCAGCCCUAAACGUGCUUACACAAAAAUAGGACUGUACAAAGGAAAUAUUGUUGCCAUCAAGCCAGUUUAUAAACGCAGUAUUGACAUUACUCGCAGUAUUCGAAAAGAACUAAAACAGAUACGGGAGGUACGACAUGACAAUAUCAUACCAUUUAUUGGUGCCUCUGUUGAUCAUGGAAACUUGUGUGUAUUAACAGCGUAUUGUGCUCGUGGAAGCUUGGAAGAUGUUCUAGCAAAUGAAGACUUACAUCUGGACAACAUGUUUGUAUCUUCUCUUGUGUCUGAUAUUGUAAAGGGAUUGACCUACCUGCAUGACAGUGAAAUACUGUCACAUGGAAAUUUAAAGUCAAGUAAUUGCUUGGUUGACAGUCGAUGGGUUCUUCAGAUAUCUGAUUUUGGUCUACAUGAAUUUAAAGCUGGCCAAGAUGAACCAGACUUUGAGGCCAAGGAGCUGCGACGUAGUCUCUGGAGGGCACCCGAGCUGCUGCGUUGUGAACAUUUUCCUCCAAGAGGGACACAGAAGGGUGAUAUCUAUUCAUUUGGCAUUGUCCUAUAUGAAAUUGUAGGCCGGUCUGGACCAUGGGGCCACACAACUCUGACAAACGCAGAAAUUAUCGAAAGGGUGCGGAAUCCAUCUUCAGGCAGGUAUUUUCGGCCACCUACUGAUGGUCUCAUGGCUGCUGAAUACGUGGUACGCUGCAUGCAGAGCUGUUGGGAUGAAGAGCCAGACCAACGCCCUGACAUUCGCUUUGUAAGGGUCAAGCUAAAGGAAAUGCAAGCUGGUCUAAAACCAAAUAUUUUUGACAAUAUGUUGGCUAUUAUGGAAAAGUAUGCUUACAAUUUGGAAGAAUUAGUGCAAGAGCGAACAAAUCAACUUACAGAGGAAAAGAAGAAAACUGAUGCUCUUUUGCAUCGAAUGUUACCCAAAACUGUGGCAGAGGCAUUAAAAAGAGGUGAUCCCGUUGAAGCAGAGAGUUUUGACUGUGUUACAAUUUACUUCAGUGACAUUGUUGGAUUUACUGAGUUAUCUGCUGUCAGCACUCCAUUACAGGUUGUUGACUUGCUGAAUGAUCUGUACACUUGCUUUGAUUCGAUUAUCUCCAAUUAUGAUGUCUAUAAAGUUGAGACUAUUGGUGAUGCAUACAUGGUAGUAAGUGGUCUACCUGUGCGUAAUGGUGACCGACAUGCGGGUGAGAUAGCUUCAAUGGCACUGCACCUACUCACAAGAAUAAAAUCUUUCAAAAUUCCUCAUAGAGCUGGUGAAACUCUGAAACUACGUAUUGGCAUACAUUCAGGGCAUUGUGUAGCAGGAGUUGUUGGUUUAAAAAUGCCUCGGUAUUGUCUGUUUGGAGACACAGUAAAUACAGCUUCUCGAAUGGAGUCAACAGGAGAAGCUUUCAGAAUACACAUCUCAGAAGCCACAAAGUGUCUCCUGGAUAUAUUGGGAGGUUAUCACAGUGAGGAACGUGGUAUGACACACAUAAAGGGAAAAGGAGAGAUGAGGACAUACUGGUUGCUUGGCAAGGAACCUGCAUGGCAAAUGUCACAUAUACUUGAUGAAACACAUGGUUCCUCAUACAGCAGCAUCAGUUCAGACAGGUUGGAGACACCAGAUCUGUUACGACGACCAUCAGGUGGGCAGCCAUUGCCAGGAGGCUGCACAUUGCCUGGAGUGUCAUGGCCAGAUCCAGGGUUUAAACCAUGGCCGGUGCAUGUCAUAGGGCCUUGGAUAACAAGUCAACCACCUGACCGCUGCAUGCUACGAGCCAGGGCUGCUCUUGCACAUGCUCAGGCAAGUUAA